GCCAGGUUAGCCUGCACACAACAGGAAGCACCAUGACUUAGGUGGCUCUGCCCAAAGGUGCACCAGCCGUGAUGCAGCAGCCACGAGUGGAGACGGACAUCAUCGGGGCUGGCGAGGGGCCCCAGCGGGCAGCGCCCUGGUCAGCCUGGGUUCUCCGUCAGGACUGGGUGCGCUGGUGGGUAUGCCACAUACCUCGGAGCUGGGCCCAGUGGUGGAAUACAUCAGGCUGGAGGCAACCACUGCAGCGCAUGCUAUGGGGUCUGGAGGGGACACUGUACCUGCUGCUGGCACUGAUGCUGUGCCAUGCACUCUUCACCACUGGCUCCCACCUGCUGAGCUCCCUGUGGCCUGUGGUGGCUGUCAUGUGGAGCCACCUGCUGCCAGCUGUCCUGCUGCUUGUGCUCAGUGCCCUGCCUGCUCUGCUCUUCGCUGCCUCCUUCCUGCUGCUCUUCUCCACACUGCUGAGCCUCGUGGGCCUCCUCACCUCCAUGACUCACCCAGGCUACGCUCAGGACUUGGACCAAUAGAAGGGCAACCCCAUCUUACUGCUUGUGUCUGUUGAGCCCUGGCCUAGGGCCUGAGCCCUGUGGGGAGGGUGGGCAGGGAAACUCCAACAGACCUCAGACCCCCAGUCACAAACACAAGUGGGGGUCUGGAUUCUGGGCAUCUACCUUAAACCCACACUGGUGUCAGGAACAGGACGGUCUUGCUAGGACAAACCACGGAAAGCACCAUGUCACUUGAUCUUCCUGGCAGAACCCUUUUGUCACCACCUCAGCCCUCCCAGCUCCAGGCUUCUUGAGAGUUUCCAUGUACAUAUCCCUGGGCUUGUCUGGAUUUGUCCCGGGUCCUCUCUCUAAUUCCAGGAGGAGCACACACUCUGGAAUGGGUUUUAUUGACAGAAAGAGAGGCUGGGGACCUCACCUCACAGAAACGGGAAAGAGGCCAAUCAUGGGGGAGACUGAGGGAGGGUGGAGAGUGUGUGUGUAGACUGGACCCAAGGCUUUGUGCAUAAGCAAACACUCCACCCUACAUACUCAUAUUUUUAAGAGCCUCCAGGUCUGUUACAAAAAUGCAAAGU